AUGACUGCCCGAUUGCUCGCUGAUUAUCUCGUACAGUAUACAUUCUCUGACCAGUCCCGUAUCCUCACGAAUAGCACCCUCUUCGAUGGCAACUCGACCAAGUAUGAUUGGGUAGUUGAUAAAGGCAACGUCAUUAAUGACAACGGAGAUCUUGCCAUGCUACUCACUCAGACAAACGGAGGUACCCGUCUAUCGAGCACGAAAUAUGUACAUUAUGGAACAAUUACUGCAAACUUGAAGACAGGACGUUGGGGUGGCGUUGUCACCGCCUUCAUUACCAUGAGCGACAUCAGAGAUGAAAUUGACUGGGAGUUCCCCGGUGCUAAGACCACUGAAGCCCAGAGUAACAUUUUCUGGCAAGGUGUCAUUCCUACCACCACCACCGACGGAAAGACGCACACAGUUUCCUCCGAUACUUUCAGCAACUUCCAUGAUUAUACUAUCGACUGGCAACCUGAUACCCUUACUUUCUCUAUCGACAACCAAGUCGUCCGCACCAUCAAGAAGUCUGACACCAUCAAUGCUACAACCGGUGUCGCUAGCUUCCCUACUACACCAUCGCGCGUGCAACUUUCCAUUUGGCCCGCUGGUAUUGAUGGCUCCCCCAAGGGAACCGUUGACUGGGCUGGAGGCAUGAUCAACUGGGACGACCCCGACUACAAGUCUGCUGGACACUUCUACGCUAUUGUUCACUCGGUCUCGGUUAAAUGCACGGGUGCUCAGCCAGUUCCUGCCAACUCGAACAUCACGUCCUACGUGUAUGGCGGCAAUCGACUCGAUGUUAAUCCUACGAUCCUCUAUUCCAACAGAUCGACAUUGCUUAACGCUGCCUCUGGAAGGUUUGGAACCCCAGUUGUAGGAAGCCUUGGUGGCAUGCUCAUGGCGCUUGGUUUGGGUGCUGUGUUGAGCGUUAAUGCUCUGUUGUUGUGA